AACAACACUUCAUUCGGCGACAUUUUCUUCCAGGGAAAUGGCGAAAUUUGAUGAAACCGGGUUCGAUGAAAUGGGCGGACACCAAUUUUCGCGGAUUUCGCGAUCUUCACUUUGUCCGCGAAAUUACGCGACAUAUUGGUGAACGAUGCGAGAGUGAGGAUAGGACAGGAACUCGAAAUUCGCAACAGAUGAGUUUCGUGAAGCCGAAAUGGUAUAAGACGGGGUGCAACUUAUCGUAGCUCUUUCACCACCUUAACGGAGCUCCGCGUUAAAAUCUAUAUUAGGGUGUCCCAGAAAACGUGUCAUUGAAUUAUUUAUAAUAUAGACAAAAAUAAAAAAAACACCUAGAAUAAAUAUAGCGUCUCAUAAAGGGUGUAAAAGGGUGGUAAAAGCAACUAUCAUAUAUCCCAAUUGCUACAAAAAGGCGUACGCCCCCCUCGCUGACCGAAUCAGAAGUGGUAACCCUAUCAUUCGUGGUAGGGAGUGAGGUAGCAGGUAGAACUUUGCAACCUUUUAGGCACAACAUAUGCGACAAAUAUUACCUCCUAAAAGCUGUAACUGCUCCACCCCUCCUUCUUAGAGUGUACUCUGCCGACGAUGUCCGAUAUUCGCGAUUCCGGAACAUUUCAUCAAAUCCAAUAACGUUUUAAUUCAUGUCUACGUAAACCUAACUAAAUCUAGCCAAACAAACCUAACCCAAUCUAACAACAUUUCAAUCGGCGACAUUUUAUUCCGAACAGCCGAGUUGCAGACGACAGCAGAGUAGCAGACAACAUUUCUCUGGACCAAUCAGCGAGUGUGAUCCUGGCAGCGUCAGCGCGAGGUUCCAGGCAGAUCACAGGCUGCAAGAACAUGGCCAACGACGAGGAACCCUCUUCUCGUCGUCAUCCCGCCUACAAGCGUCAUCCUGCCACCGGUUGGAUGCUGCCUAAAGAUGACUUUCCUUUCUCCGCCCUCGAAGACGCCAUGUCCUACAAUCCCAGCGACACCGACAUCUUCGUUAUGACCUACCCGAAGUGUGGUACCACAUGGGUCCAAUACAUGCUCUACCUCUUGCUACACGACCUCGAACCUUUCCGCACGGGCCGCAAGCUCGGCGACUUUGUGCCGUUCAUCGAAAAGUGUGGCACUGACAAUCUACCAGACGCUGCACCUCGUGCUAUCAAGACACACAUGUCCUUCGACAUAUUUCCCUGGAGCGCGAAGCCUCGUUACAUUUGCGUUGCCCGAAACCCCAAGGACUGCUGCGUCUCCCUGUACCACCACGUCCGUGGCUUUGCGCGCUACUAUCACUACGAAGAUGGCGAGUUCGAUGACUUCUUCGAAGACUUCGUGGAAGGCCAGGUAGACUGUGGCGAUUACUUCGACCACCUCUUGUCAUUGUGGAAUCAUAGAGAUCGUCCCAACGUGCUUUUCAUAACGUACGAAGAUCUCAGCGAAGACACGCCCAGCGUUGCUCGUCGGAUCGUGGAGCACGUCAGACCUCUCCUCCCGGACUCGUGGCAUCCGGAUAUCACGACGCUGGUGUCUCGUAGCAGUUUCAGUGCCAUGAGAGCGGAGGAUCCGAGCAAGUGGUCUAGUUCGAGACCGGAAGGAAUGCCGGCGUUUAUUAGGAGAGGGGUCGUAGGGGACUGGAAGAAUUAUUUCACCGCGGAGCAGAGCCGCCGUAUGGACGAAAAGUUUGAGAAGAGGCUAAGUGGGACUGGAGCAGAGAAUUUGUGGUCAGAUCUUAGUUUUUAGCUGACGAAAUGAACUCAUUGACUGCCUGCAGGCAGUGUUGUGAAGGAAGAGGCAAAAUAAAGGGUUGUAAAACAAAAGUUAAGAUCCAUAACUUAAAAACCCGAGACUAGAGGACAAGA